GUUUUUUUUUACAGACCCGUAUUGAACUUUGACAAUCAGAAUUCCAGGUAACAUCAUUCGCGUUUGUACCAACAAAGUACUUAAUUUUUUCUCCUGUUGCCUUUAUAAAAAACCUAAUCUCUAUAACAAUGGCUUUGAAAAGAAUACAACGAGAGUUGUCAGAUUUAACCAAGAAUCCUCCUCCUGGUGUAAGUGCUGGUCCUAUUGACGAAGACUUGUUUCACUGGCAAGGAACCUUGAACGGACCUGAAGGAACACCUUAUCAAGGUGGUCAUUUCAAAUUGGAUAUAGUUUUCUCGUCGGAUUAUCCAUUCAAGCCUCCUAAAAUGAAAUUCAUUACCAAAAUUUAUCAUCCUAAUAUCGACGAUGAUGGGUCGAUAUGUGUCGAUCUACUGAAACCUGAUAUUUGGAAACCUGCCACCAAAAUUAUUCAUGUUCUAGAAGCCUUAGCUUCCUUGUUAAAGAAUCCCAAUCCUGAUGAUGCCCUCGUGGCUUCUAUUGCCGAGUUAUAUAAUGCCAAUAGAAGUAAAUUUAACAAAAUUGCUAAGGAAUACGUUGAUAAGUAUGCUAAAUCACAAUAAAAGUAAAGGCAGAGGUACACAAAAUGUGUUUGUUAAGUGAAUGAGACA